CCUGUUUGACUCCCCUGCCGAGCGCUAUGUGAAGGCCAGGCAGAGUGUUCAGCGCUUCACUCUUGUUCAGCUUGUGCAUGAUGAGGAAGGGGACUACGAGGAAAAUGAAGGCUCCUAUUUCUGUCAUUCCUAAAAUAACAAAUCAACGCAAGAAAGGGCCUGUGGAGGAGGGCUACUGACAAUUAACAACCAGUAAGGAGUCAAGAAGCCAGCUCGAAAACAGUUUGAAAUACUGCUUAAAGUCCUGGGGUAUGUAAGAUCUUAGUGUGCCUUUUAGGGAUUAACAGAAGAAAAAAAGAACUGGGUAAGUAAAACCCAUGUUUCAGUCCUCUGUGGUGCCCUGCUUGUUCCAAACAUUUUUGUAGUGUAGUUGGACCCACAAACUCAGCUGUGUAUGCACAGUCAGAGACUCAUCACCAGCUCACCUCUUGCCCAUUGCUCAGUCUAUUUGUUGUUUAAUUCAGAUUUGACUCCUUUUCCCACGUAGCAGUAAAGGCUUGUCCUGUUCAGCUCUCAGGGAUCUGGGGAGUGGCCCAGCAGUUGGUGCUAAGAUUGGCACAGUGACAUUUGUGAAUGGAAAACAUGUACUUCUUGAGGGGUUCCCCACAUCCCUUAUCUAAUUUGCACACUGUCUGUAGACAUCCAGCUAAACACUGCCAUCUCAACAGAGGUUUCUUUCUUGCAGGGCUGGCAAUAUUCUCAAAAGAAAAUUCAAGCAAGUAUGUGGUGCAUUCAUACAAUUUUUUUCUCUUUCCCUCAACACUGGGAAUAAGGGAUCUCGAAUUCACCCUCUCUGCAUCUAGUAUUCAGUUCCUGUCUCAUUAUGGCUUUGACUACAACAAGUUCCUCAAAGAUGGAAUCCCAUACAUGAAUGAGGUACAGGAGAAGAUCCUUAGGCAGCGCCUCUUAGCAGGUACCUGGAAAGUCUGCAGCACUAGCAAUGCAGACAGGGAUGUCCUGAAGAAAGCUAUUGACGAAGUGACCUCUUGGAUAGCUGUAGCAAAAGAAGAGGAUACUAUGAUUCUGCAGGAUCUGAAUGGCGAUCAUGUGCUUGAAGUUCAGCUGGUUCUGAGGCAGGCUCUCGAAAAUGUUUGGACAGAGCCUCUUGGAGACAAGAAGGUAAUGGUAAAAAAAGUGAGUCCAGAGCAUCGUCAGCUUCUGGAGAACUCUUCUUAUGACCACUGUCAGAAAAAGCUCAUUCUCCUGUCUGCCCGGGGCUUCACCAACCUCUUCCAGAUACUGGUUAAAGCCAAUAAGCCCCUGGUGGGACACAACAUGUUUAUGGACCUUAUGCAUCUUCACGACAAGUUCUACAGACCCCUGCCAGAAAGCUAUGAGGAGUUUAAAAGGAACAUUCACAAUCUGUUUCCUGUCAUCAUAGACACCAAGACUGUAACAAAAUCUGUGCAGAAGAAAUGUCUGUUUCCUCGAGUAUCUAGUCUUUUGGAGGUGUAUGCAGUUCUGUGCAGCAGCAACCUAAAUCCCAAAGGUCCACCGUGCCCUGUGAUAGCUCUUGCAAGUGGCUGCUCAAGAUACGCUGAGAAAAAAUCUCCUCAUGAGGCAGGCUAUGAUGCAUUUCUCUGUGGUUCAGUUCUUCUGAUGUCAGCUCAUUUGCUACUGUGCAGAUCCACGGAUGAUGCAGUGGAGGCUGAUCCUUCUUUCUCGCAGUAUCUCACCGUGUUAGCUGAGCAUGUGAACAAAGUGAAUUUCAUCCGAGGUGGUGUUUCAAGCAUUAAUUUUUCUGGGGAAGAUGUUCCCUGCCGUCAUCCCCCUGCCUUGAUUGUUCAUGUCCAAGGCUGGCCAGGGCUGACUGAGAGACAGAUUUACCAGGAGUUUAAAGCUCGUUGUCGCUUUGAUGUCAGACGGCUUUCAAAGAACCAGUUCAUUCUGCUCUCCAGUCAGUACAAGCACGUCAGGCUCGUCCUGCGGGAUUACAGGCACCACCCUCACCUGCAGGUCUCCGUCUAUCGCCACUGGAGGCACUCGCCGAGCGUGAACUGCCUGCUGCAAAUCUCUGGUAUUGUGGCACUGUGGUCUGUCUUGGCCUUUGCACUUGGAGGAACUUCUAGCUGUUGACUCCAAACGACUGCUGUAGAGAUGAGACAUGAAGAACAGUGACCUUAUUUCUUGUGUUUGUUUUGUUUUGUUUCAUUCAAUAAAAUAUGAAAAAAAAAUGAACAAAAAAAAUGAACAAAAAACCCGCCAAAACUUUGAAUUGUU